AGCGCUCUGAUCUUUAAACGCCGGAGCCGCGGGGCCUGCGGAGGAGGCCAGGGAGGAGGGUCUGCGCUGAGGACGGUGCUGUGGAUCCCGGACGCGCACUUCGGGUCCCGGACGCGCACUUCGGGUCCCGGACGCGCACUUCGGGUCCCGGACGCGCACUUCGGCGCACGCGGCCCGCGCCCCCGGUCGGGCUGGGAUUGGCCGGUCCGCGGCUUCCUCCGCCCCCAGUCAAUUGCCGGCUAGGUCUUCCGGGAGGGGCGGUUUCUUUCCUUACCUCUCGUUUCCCUUCGCGAGACCGGAGCCUGAGGUUCGGGAUCGCCCAGCGGCCGCCGGCGCGAGGAGACCGAGCUCUGCACAGCCGCGAUGAGGCCCCGGAAAGCCUGGCUUCUCGUUCUGCUCUUAGCCCUGGCGCAGCUGCUGGCAGCGGCGAGCGCCGAGGGCCCGGAUGAAGAUUCUUCUAAUAAAGAAGAUGCCAUUGAGGAGGAAGACGAGGAGGAGGAAGAUGACGAGGAGGAGGAGGACGACGGCGACGACUUGGAAGUUAAGGAAGAAAACGGUGUCUUGGUCCUAAAUGACGCGAACUUUGAUAACUUUGUGGCUGACAAAGACACGGUGCUGCUGGAGUUCUACGCUCCAUGGUGCGGGCAUUGCAAGCAGUUUGCUCCAGAAUAUGAAAAAAUCGCCACUACCUUGAAGGAGAAUGACCCUCCCAUUGCAGUUGCCAAGAUCGACGCGACCUCGGAAUCGGCGCUGGCCAGCAGGUUUGACGUGAGUGGCUAUCCCACCAUCAAGAUCCUUAAGAAGGGGCAGGCUGUCGACUACGAGGGCUCCAGGACCCAGGAAGAAAUUGUGGCCAAGGUCAAAGAGAUCUCCCAGCCCAACUGGACACCUCCACCGGAAGUCACGCUCGUGCUGACCAAAGAUAACUUCGAUGAGGUGGUGAAUGACUCGGACAUCAUUCUGGUGGAGUUUUAUGCCCCGUGGUGUGGACACUGCAAGAAACUGGCCCCCGAGUACGAGAAGGCCGCCAAGGAGCUGAGCAAGCGCUCUCCCCCGAUCCCUCUGGCGAAGGUCGACGCCACCGCGGAGACAGACCUGGCCAAGAGGUUCGACGUCUCCGGCUAUCCCACCCUGAAAAUCUUCCGCAAGGGAAAGCCCUUUGAUUACAACGGCCCACGGGAAAAAUACGGGAUCGUCGACUACAUGAUCGAGCAGUCCGGGCCGCCCUCCAAGCAGAUCCUGGCCCUGAAGCAGGUCCAGGAGUUCCUGAAGGAUGGAGACGAUGUCAUCGUCGUUGGGGUCUUUAAGGCGGAGAGCGACCCAGCCUACCAGAAGUACCAGGACGCUGCUAACAACCUGAGAGAGGAUUACAAAUUCCACCACACUUUCAGCACUGAAAUAGCAAAGUUCUUGAAAGUCUCCCCGGGGAAGUUAGUCAUCAUGCAGCCUGAGAAAUUCCAGUCCAAAUAUGAGCCCAAGAGCCACGUGAUGGACAUCCAGGACUCCACGGAGAGCUCGGCCAUCAAGGAGCACGUGUUGAGGCAUACGCUGCCCCUUGUCGGCCACCGCAAGUCUUCCAACGAGGCCAAGCGCUACUCGCGGCGCCCCCUGGUGGUCGUGUACUACGGCGUGGACUUCAGCUUCGACUACCGCGUCGCCACUCAGUUCUGGCGGAACAAGGUCCUGGAGGUGGCCAAGGACUUCCCCGAGUACACCUUUGCCGUGGCCGACGAGGACGACUUCGCCACGGAGGUGAAGGACCUGGGGCUGAGUGAGAGUGGGGAGGAGGUGAACGCGGCCAUCCUGGACGAGGGCGGCCGCAGGUUCGCUAUGGAGCCCGACGACUUCGACGCCGACGCCCUCCGCGCCUUCGUCAGCGCCUUCAAGAAAGGAAAACUGAAGCCAGUUGUCAAAUCCCAGCCGGUGCCCAAGAACAAUAAGGGGCCGGUGAAGGUCGUGGUGGGGAAGACUUUCGACUCCAUCGUGAUGGACCCUAAGAAGGAUGUCCUCAUCGAGUUCUACGCGCCCUGGUGCGGACAUUGCAAGCAGCUGGAGCCCGUGUACACAGCCCUGGGCAAGAAGUACAAGGGACACAAGAAUCUGGUCAUCGCCAAGAUGGAUGCCACGGCCAACGAUGUCACCAACGACCGCUACAAAGUCGAGGGCUUCCCCACCAUCUACUUCUCCCCCAGCGGGGACAAAAAGAACCCAAUUAAAUUUGAGGACGGAAACAGAGAUCUGGAGCAUUUGAGCAAGUUUAUAGAAGAACAUGCCACAAAACUGAACAGGGCCAGGGAAGAACUUUGAAGGCCUUGAGGGUCUGCUCAGGGCAAGUGCGGCAGGGACCAGACAGCGAAGCUUCCAGCACUCGGCAGUGGAGCCUGAGCCAGCUGCGAGCCCGGUGGGCUUGCUCAAAGGCAGUCUCUCAAGGUGUUUUUGGUUUGUCUUGUGUUUUAAUUUUUUAUACUUUGGUAUUUCACCUCAUGCUCUGAAUACUGAAUUAGAUAUGAAUGACUCAGUAGAUUAGUCCAGAAUUUUACAGAGGAUACGUCUAUUUUUAUCAUUAUUUGGGGUUUGAUUUUUUUUUUUUAACCUUUCACCUUCUUUAAUAUAUUUCUUCAAAGCAGACAAAUUGAAUCUCUUCUGUGUGAAUUUUUUUUCUCUUUUUUUAAUUUAAAAUUUAAGAAGCCUUUGUCAAAUCACGUCAACUUUUCCUUUUUAUUUUAUUGUCAUCUGAGGAAUGGUUAGCUGAAGACGGGACUGUUGGUGUUUGGUUUUUUUUCUUCCUGUUGCGGCACAAAGUGAGAACUGUCGCCGAGCACCCUGCCGAGGACGUCAUUUCAGCCCGACUCUGAUCCGCCACCCGGUCCAGGGAGAAGCGGCAUCUCUGCAGGCCUGGGCGUCACCGUGCCUUCUCCUCCCAAAGCGAGGACCGCAGGCGGGAGCGUUUCCCAGGUGCUCCCAGACCCUUGGAGCCAGGUUCCAAGGCUCAGCCUCCGGGAGGCCGCCCGCCUCUUCAGAACCGCCGUGGCCGAGGAGAGAUGAGCUAGGGCACAAGUGGAGACUUUAGGGUGAUAGGAGGAUAGGGUAGGCUGUUGUGAUGGAAUAAAGAAAGGAUUGAAAAUGAACUUCCAUCACCGUCCUAGAGAACAUGGUCCCUCCCUGGAGCCUCAGCGUGCUGGAGAUGGAGAGGCCGGGCCUGGAGGGGAGGCUCCCUGCCCGGCCUGCAGAGUGCAGGUGGCCUCACUCCACCCCUGAACAUCCAGGGGUGGGGUGGCAUCCCGACCCGGGUAGGGGCAUCGAUGGGCUCUGCUCUUGGUUGUUUGUGGGUGGGCAGUGGUGCAUUCUGUCGGGAGGGGGCAGGGAUGGAGGGCAAGGCCCUGAGCACUUCUGGGGGCUGGGAGGAGGGGACAGGACAGGACGGGAAGCUGGACCGGCCCUCAGGGUUCUGGGCAAUUUGUGUGAUGUGAGCUUCAUUCCGGGAGUUCAUUCACCAAGAUGUGCCGUCCCCGCUCGACUGUUCCUAAUUUUGCUGAAACAGAAAUCGUGAGCUGGGGGCAUCUCUUCGAGCAGUGGCUGGAGGGUUUGCUGCAGGGGUUGCGGGGGGCAAGAAGCAGCCCCACGGGAAGGGGCAGCCGGGGUGGGCCUUUCUAGAUGAUCUGCUUUCAAGUUGAGUCUGGCCAGGGUGGGCGGGGGUGUCUGGUAAGUCCUCAGAAUCCCCAGUGUGGCAGGAAGUCCUCUGCACUCUCCUGGAUGCCUGCUUCCCUCUGGAGGACAAGCAGGCCCCCCUCAGAGACGUUGUGUCAGAAGCUCACAGGAGUAAAUGUGGGUGUGGGGCUUGGAGCCUUUUUUUUCAACCCAGAGGCACACCCCUCCAGCACCGCCUGGGGCUCCCGUGCUGGUCUGGGAGACCUCACGCAGCACACGUGAGGCCUGGGCUCUAAGAGGGGAUCAGUGUAGUCUCAUUGGAAGUGAGGUGUCGGGAAAGCCCUUUUUGAAGUGAUGUUUGAGCUGAGACCCAAGGAUGAGUUGGCUGGAGCCCGGCUGAGGUUGGGAGUGAGUCAUUUCUCAGUGUGUCCCGGGACCUGCGGCGUUGACACUACUUGGAUGUUUGUCAGAAAUGCACUAUCUUGGGCUGGGCCCCAGACCUGCUGAGUCAGAAUGCAUUUUAAGAAGAUCCCAGGAGACUCAUGCCUAGUGAAUGCAAAGGCCCUGAGGCAGAAGUCAAAAUGUAUCCUCUUCUGUAAUACAAUCUGGAAACCAAGUUGCCCAAUGGAGUGUCAGGUAAACUCACCCUAUAUUGACUGUAGAGAGUAGGCCCCUGGGAGAGAAUCUACCCCAGGCUGGUUAGGGAGCUGAUAGGCUGCUAAAGGAGACAGGUGAGUCAGCCGAUGGCAGUCCAGUGCAAUCAGUGCCAGGGUGAAGAUGUGCAGGCCAUGGGAGCCCAGAGAGCAGGCACUGGCCCAGCCUGGGAGCCUGGGCAGCCCUUCAGAGAGGCUGACCCGGGAGCCACAAGGAGGAGGUGAACUUUCCAGGUUGAGGCAUAGCAGGUGCAAAGGGACAGAGGCGAGGGAGGGAAGCAGUGAUGCGAAAGGUGGAGCAGGGGCUGGAAGAGGUGGGUGCCCUGAGUCAGGAGUUUGACCUUGUUCUAGAACUUUGCAGGGAACCACUGACGGUUUUAAGCAGGGAAGUGGCUGUGAUCAGAUUGAAAGAUUAAUAAUGGGAGUAACAGGUAACAUUUAUUGGGCAUUUAGCAAAAGCCAGACCCUGUGUCCAGCAGUUUGCCGGAUUAUCCCAGUGUAAGUGAUCUGCAAGGUAGGUGCUCUUGUGCUCACUUUACAGCUGAAGAAAGGAAGGGGGCACGUGUCUGCAAAUGCGAAGCUGGGGUGUGCUUCCCCCCCACCCCAGUUGUGCCAUUGCAUCUCCCUUGUAGACAACCCAGUCUAGUAGCAGGGGAGCCAGGGCCGGCUGCAAGGAGGGUGGGCUGCAUUUUGAGUACUGAGUGGGCUUUAGCAGUUAAGGGGUCUGCAGGAGCCGGUGCUGAUGGGAGGUUGAGGGUGGGUGAGUGGAUGCAAGAAGACUGGUAUCAUCACAUCCAGUGUCUGAAUCAACUUUUUGUUAUUUAAUUAUGAAACAAGCAUCCACAAAAACGGAGAGAAUUGGCUACUCGAUGCCCUUUACUCAUCAUUCACCGAAAACAGUUACCAAAAUUUUGCUACAUUUUCGUAUCCCCCCCCUUUUUUUGCCUCGCCCACUGCAUGUGGGGUCUUAGUUCCCCGACCAGGGAUCGAACCUGUGUCCCCUGCAUUGGAAGCACAGAGUCUUAAACACUGGACCACCGGGGAAGUCCCUCAUGUCCCCUCCCCCCCAAUGACAGCCAAGACGUCGUUUCACCCCUGCCUGGAGAACGCAUUGUCCUACAGGGCCUCAGUGCCUUUUCACAGCCACCAAAAUAAGCCGUAAUUCAUCUAGUACCCAGUCCAGAUCCCCCAACUUUCUCAAACAUCUUUUUGCAGUUGGUCCGUUUGAAUCAUCAGCACCGCCUGCCUUUUAGUUUUGUCUCUUAAAUCUCAGCUAGAGCAGUUCUGUCACCUCCUCUUUUUUCCCCACAACUGUCCCAGUUUCAGAAAAAAAAAAAACGACGAGAGAUCUCUUGGGUCACUUGUGUUUUGCAUGAGUUUGAGGAAUGUUCGAUGGUCGCUGUCUUGGUGAUGUGUCUAGUAGGUGUGGAAACUGGCGAGGUCCGGACAGAGGAAACAGUAGCAAGUCUUAUAAGACUGAUGAUCGGUGCCUUCGCCGCAUGCCUGCUAGGUGCCCGGGACCCAGCAUCCGUUCUGAGUCAUCAAAGCUGCAACCCAGGCUGACUCUACUCUCAGGCUGUGUGGCUUUGCAUAAGUUACUUAACUCCUCUCAGAGUUUGUUUUCCUGUCUGUAAGGUAGAGAGACAGCCUCCUUCGCAGGGUAUUCGUAAGGACCCAAUGCUGUAAUGUGUGCAUGGGUUUCCGCACAGAAUAGCAGCCACCCUGAAAUGCUAAAUCUGAGGCCUCUCCCCUUUUUGUUGGGACUGCUUAUCUCUUUGUCUCUCCCGCGUAUUCUGAUGGGCCAGGAUGGAGCCAUAGAUCAGACACAGGUAGACCCCAAAUGGAGGGUGUGGGUCUGUGUGUGUAUAAAACAGAUUCUUGAACCCUAAUUCUGGCCUAGGGAAUCAGAUCGGCAGGGUUGCUGUGUACUUUCUGAUUUCAAAAACUUCCAAAUAUGAUCACAUUUCACCUGAAAUAUAGGCAGGUCAGGUAUUACGACCUCCAUCACAUAAUAAAGGAAGUGGAGAUCAGAGAGACAAUAAUUUGCCCAAAGUCACACAGUAAAUUGAGAAGCCAGAACGAGAACUCAGAACCAGUGUUGUUUCUACAGCACCAGCAUCCCCCAAGAUGUGUUGGCAGAACACUCAUAAAGGAGACUAAUACAUGCUUCAUUAACAUUGGAUUCUGUUGGUAAUUUGGCUUGGGAAAUACUGGAACUAAAAGAUGCUUCAGUGGGGUUCUUGUUGAAGAAGCUUGGAGCCUGUAAGGCACCAGCGUGCUGGAGACUCCAGGAGCAGAUGGGACUUGCCCUGGCUUCUCUCCUGCACGGAUCCUCAGGGCUCCACCAUGACGCGCUCUCCUGGUGCCAAGCCUCGUUAGUGCAUUUUGCGAGAACACAUGAGCCCUUGGCUCCUUCCCCAGGCCCCGAGGAAGUACUGGUGCCUUCCUUCUCUUCUGUAUCCAUCCCCCUCAAUGUGGACCCGCCCUAGGGUGGGGGAUGUGGGCCAGGAAGUACUCCAGGAGCCCAAGGACAAGCCUGAUCCUUGAGCCCAUCUCGGGGCACUUCAGCAGCAACGUUACAGGUGUAUUUCCCCCGUCUUCAGAAGAGCCUUCAGCUGGAGCAAAGGAAUUAAACCCUGAGGGGCACGUUACUGUGACUCCUUGAUUCCUAUUAUGAUGAAUCAGAGGUAUUGAAAAUGCAUUCUCUGGCACCUGUACUAAGGUAAAACGUCGCUCCUACUGUAAGUCGGUCCUGUUACCCACAUGGCACUUGGCCAGCUGUGCUAAGCGCCGGACUUGGGAAAGCUGAAGUGAGAUUUGGGAGCCCCCAGGGCCGAGCACAGAAUGAAACACCAUUUGAAUGAACCGGUGGAGAACCUCAGAUCCUUGGGUCCACAGGCUUGAGGGCCGGGCAGGGAAGGGCUCCGCUGCCCUUACCUCCCCCUUCGGAGUCCCCCUCAGCUGCCACCACUCACUGCACUCUUCACGUGGCUCAGCCCCAGACAGGAUGAGCACGGUUCUCACGUUCGUCAUGUUCCCACCUAAGAUUAUGGAGAUACUGGGGCAGAGAGAGGAGGACAAAGGACCACUUGUUGGCAAAGACUGAGAGAGGGCCUUUUAGAAAGCAGUGGCUGUGGCUUGGAGAAGAAAUGUGGAAAACGAGCUUCUGUCUAUUCCUUCUGGCUUUUCUCAAAAAAGGAAGUGUGAGCUCAGCUCAGGUUGGAUUGAAAACUGAUGCCUCUAGAGACUUAAAAGGUCUUCAAGCUCAGAGGUUGAAAAGUCCAGUGUUCAAGGGCCCUGGGUGGUAAGUUACAUGCAUGAAGUGGCUGGAUGCGGGCGAUAGGGAGUGGUGGUGAUCAGGGCACACCUGAGAGUCUGUGUCUCACCUGAAGGGGGCACUUGCUGCCUGUAGGACUCUGGGCCUGGUGUUGCUAUUCUGAUUUUUCAAGAAAAGCCAGACAUUUUAAAUGUGAAAUCCCCUAAUUUUUAAGUGUCAAAUCUAAUUCAGAUUAUCGUAUCAAUACUGUGUGGGCCAAAGAAAAUGCAUCUGAGGGCUGGGCUUGGUUAGAAACUGCAGAUCUAAAUAAAUCCUACCCCCCC